GAAGCUACUGCGCAGGCGCGGUGUCCGGCGCAGGCGCAGGCGCGUCCAGGGCGCGCGGCCGGCGGCGGUUGGCGACAGCAGGACCUGAGCCCAGGCAGUGAGAGCCGGCGCCAUGGUGGAGAAGGAGGAGGCUGGCGGCGGCAUCAGCGAGGAGGAGGCGGCGCAGUAUGACCGGCAAAUCCGUCUCUGGGGAUUGGAGGCCCAGAAACGGUUGCGGGCGUCCCGGGUGCUUCUUGUCGGCAUGAAAGGGCUUGGGGCUGAAAUUGCCAAGAAUCUCAUCCUGGCAGGAGUGAAAGGCCUGACCAUGCUGGAUCACGAACAGGUAUCUCCAGAAGAUCCUGGAGCUCAGUUCCUGAUCCGUACUGGGUCUGUUGGCCGAAACAGGGCUGAAGCCUCUUUGGAGCGAGCCCAGAAUCUCAACCCCAUGGUGGAUGUGAAGGUGGACACUGAGAAUAUAGAAAAGAAACCUGAGUCGUUUUUCACUCAAUUCGACGCUGUAUGUCUGACUUGCUGUUCCAGGGAUGUCAUAGUUAAAGUUGACCACAUCUGUCACAAAAAUAGCAUCAAAUUCUUUACAGGAGAUGUUUUUGGCUACCACGGAUACACAUUUGCCAAUCUUGGAGAGCAUGAAUUUGUAGAGGAGAAAACCAAAGUUGCCAAAGUAAGUCAAGGAGUAGAAGAUGGACCUGAUACCAAGAGAACAAGACUGGAUUCAUCUGAGACAACUAUGGUCAAAAAGAAGGUGGUUUUCUGCUCCGUUAAAGAAGCACUGGAAGUGGACUGGGGCAGCGACAAAGCAAAGGCUGCUCUGAAGCGCACAACUCCGGAUUACUUUCUCCUUCAAGUACUCCUGAAGUUCCGCACGGAUAAGGGAAGAGACCCUAGUUGUGAUACCUUUGGGGAAGAUUGUGAGCUGUUGCUCCAGAUUCGAAACGAUGUGCUUGACUCCCUGGGUGUUAAUCCUGACCUGCUUCCCGAAGACUUUGUCAGGUACUGCUUCUCCGAAAUGGCCCCUGUGUGUGCAGUGGUUGGAGGAAUCUUGGCCCAGGAAAUUGUGAAGGCCCUGUCUCAAAGGGACCCACCUCACAACAACUUCUUCUUUUUUGAUGGCAUCUCCAGGCGAGAGAAAAGUGAAGUCAUUGGACCGAUACAAACCAUUUCCUGCGAACGAUGAGGUUGUACAGAUGUGCUCCUUGCGAGUACCAGCAGCUGCUGCACAGCAAGGGGUGGAGGAACUGGCUGUCUCCAUCCAGCACUGCACAGGACUGCUUGCAGCUCCCCUGAGUGGCAGCCACCUGAAAGCCCCCUCUUAUGCCUCUGUCCUGCUGCCAUCACAGCAUCGCCAGGCCUCUGGGCACCGCUGGAGAUGCCUGCCAGGAACCAGCACGCCUGGUUGCGUAGGAGCCUCUCGCCACCUUCUUGGACUUAUUCCCCGCCUGAUGUCACACAGAGAAGAGCAUGACCUCAGUGGGGAAUAAGGCCCAGGCCCAGUGAAACACUAGUGGAACUGAAGUUCCAAAUGCAGACAGGUGCCCUGAAAGAGGGAAAAACAUGGCAGGCGGGAUGUAUUUCCUCCAAAGUUCGAGAUUCUGAAAAACAACAGGUGGCAUCUGGUGCGCUGUUCCUGAGUUUUAGUUGAGGAUUAGUGAGUUCAGCCUGAGCUGUGGAACAGAGGAAAUGGUACCAGGUCCUCUUGGACAUUAGGGCAAGACCUUCCAAGUUGAAUAUUAGUAGGGAAACUUGUUUUAAAAGGCAGGUGCCAGGGUCUCACUCCCUGGGGAUUCUGAUCUGUUGGGGUCACGUUGGGAGGGAGGAGCCCAUCCUUUCACAGAGCUCCGUCUGUGAUGUGGCGCUGGAGACUUGCAUUGAAGGGUUGCGUCGGUCCUUCAUUUACCCCCCGAAUGGCAGCUGUUUGUGUUUUUUUUUAUAUUUUCUGAUUCUCGUGGUUCUUUAACAAGGAAUGAUAGAAAUAAACGUAUUUGCUUUAG